AUGUCAUUGGGGAAAUCUCCUGUGUGGGGGGUGCGCCCUGUGCCCCGACCUCUCCGGCUGUCCCACCUCAGCCUGCUGUUCUUGUGCGUGUCUCUCUUUGCCCAGGCUCCCCAAGGUUUGCCUGCGGUAGGUUAUAACACUGACUUUAAGAGGGAGAUCACGCUGGAUGGGGAUUUGAUGAUUGGCGGCCUGUUCCCCGUGCACCAGAAGGGCGAGGGGACAGAAGACUGUGGGAAGAUUAAUUCUCAGAGAGGGAUCCAGAGACUGGAGGCCAUGCUGCUGGCACUGGAUGAAAUCAACAAGGAUGAGCACAUCCUACCAGGGAUCAGACUGGGAGCUCAUAUACUGGACACUUGCUCUAAGGACACCUACGCUCUGGAGCAGUCUCUGGAGUUUGUGAGGGCCUCCCUCACCAAAGUGGACGACAGUGAGUACACGUGCCCCGACGGCUCCUACGCCAUCCACGACGACAUCCCUCUGGCAAUCUCUGGGGUCAUAGGAGGCUCCUACAGCGACGUCUCCAUUCAGGUGGCCAACCUGCUGCGACUCUUCCAAAUCCCUCAGAUCAGCUACGCCUCCACCAGUGCCAAGCUCAGCGAUAAGACCCGCUACGACUUCUUCGCCCGCACCGUGCCGCCUGAUUUCUACCAGGCCAAAGCCAUGGCAGAGAUCCUCCGUUACUUCAACUGGACGUACGUGUCUACCGUGGCGUCAGAAGGCGACUAUGGUGAGACUGGCAUCGAUGCCUUCCAGCAGGAAGCGCGAGCGCGCCAGAUCUGCAUUGCCACGUCAGCAAAGGUGAGCCGCUCCAUGAGCCGCUGGAGUUACGAGAACGUGAUCCGGUCCCUGCAGCAGAAAUCCAACGCCAAGGUGGUCAUCUUGUUCACGCGCAGCGAGGACGCCCGUGAGCUGCUGGUGGCCGCCAACCGCAUGAACGUCACCUUCACUUGGGUGGCCAGUGAUGGCUGGGGAGCACAGGAGAGCGUGGUGAGGGGCAGUGAAGCGGUGGCAGACGGGGCAUUCACCAUUGAACUGGCCUCCUAUCCGAUCCCCCAGUUUAACGAGUACUUCACCGGCCUGCACCCGUACAAUAACACCAGGAAUCCCUGGUUCAGAGAGUUCUGGGAAAACCAGUUCCAGUGCAGCCUCCAUGACCUGGGCUGUGGAAAACAUUCGCUCCGCGACGUCGCGUUCCAACCGGAAUCCAAGAUCAUGUUUGUCGUGAACGCCGUCUAUGCAAUGGCUGCUGCCUUAAAUAACAUGAGGCAGGCCUUAUGUCCUAACUCCACCAAAGUGUGCGACGCUCUGAAACCAGGGAAUGGCAGAAAGUUUUACAGGGAUUACAUUCUCAAGGUCAAGUUUGAGGCGCCGUUUCGUCCACCAGACACAGAGAAUGUAGUCCGCUUCGAUGCCUAUGGGGACAGCCUUGGCCGCUACAACAUUUUCCACUACCACAAAGAAGACGGACGCUAUGUCUACCGUAAGGUCGGCUACUGGGCUCAGAGUCUGACCCUGAACACCACUCUGAUCCCCUGGGCCGGGGAGGCUGCCCCCACCUCCCAGUGCAGUGACCCCUGUAGGAAGAACGAGGUAAAGAGCAUGCAGCCUGGCGACGUUUGCUGCUGGAUCUGCAUUCCCUGUCAGCCGUACCAGUACUUACAGGACGAGUUCACAUGUGCGGACUGUACUUUCGGACAGUGGCCCCAGGCCAACCUGACAGGCUGCUAUGACCUGCCUGAGGAGUACAUCCGCUGGGAAGACGCCUGGGCCAUUGGACCCGUCACCAUCUCCUGUCUCGGGAUGAUGUGCACGCUCUUUGUCAUCGGCCUCUUCCUUAAACACAAUGAAACCCCCGUGGUGAAGGCCAGUGGACGAGAGCUCUCCUACAUUCUCCUCCUGGGCGUGCUGAUGUGUUAUAGCAUGACCUUCAUCUACAUCGCCAAACCCUCCACAGCAGUGUGUACGCUACGCCGGCUGGGGUUAGGCACCUCCUUUGCCGUGUGCUACUCGGCCCUCCUGACCAAGACCAACCGCAUCGCUCGGAUCUUCAGCGGAGUGAAGGAUGGAGCGCAGCGGCCUCGGUUCAUCAGCCCGGCCUCUCAGGUCGCCAUCUGCGGCGCCUUGAUCUCCUGCCAGCUGGUCGUGGUGGUGGUGUGGCUGCUGGUGGAGACCCCGGGCGUGAGGAAGGAAGUGAGCCCGGAGAAGAGAGACAUAGUCACCCUCAAAUGCAACAGCAAGGACUCCAGUAUGCUCAUGUCCCUCACCUACAACUGCAUCCUCAUUAUCCUCUGCACGGUCUACGCCUUCAAGACCCGCAAAUGCCCCGAGAACUUCAACGAGGCCAAGUUCAUCGGGUUCACCAUGUACACCACCUGCAUCAUCUGGCUGGCGUUCCAGCCCAUCUUCUACGUUACUGCCAGUGACUACAGGGUGCAGACGACCACCAUGUGCAUCUCUGUCAGCCUGAGCGGCUCGGUGGUGCUCGGCUGCCUCUUCGCUCCUAAGGUCCACAUCAUCCUGUUCCAGCCGCAGAAGAACGUGUGCAGCCUGAGGGUGGCCACCACGCGCUUCAGCGUCACCACAGGCCCGGGCUCCAGUUUGUCUCAAGCGUCAGCCUCCAAUGUUGUUCCGACGGUGUGUAACGGUCGAGAGGUGGUGGACUCCACGACGUCGUCCUUGUGAAGAUGGGCCGCGUUCCCUUGGCCCAGGCAUUGUAAACAGUUAUAUAAUCACUAGUCCUGAGCUGAUCAGGUGUCUCAGAUAUUAAAGAGGUCAUGCAGAGACGAUUGUCCUGACUUAGUUGUCCUCAAAGUGCUGUGAGUACGAUGUCCCGAUUACUUUUUAUUUUUGUUCUUUGACUCUUUAGCGAUUUUAAACACGAGAUGCCACUGAAGUCGCAUAAUAGCCCUUCUUUUUAUUGAAGAUUCUACUUGCAACGAUGGAGUAAAUUAUAGUAAAUCUGUUAAAUGUAAUAUAUAAGCGAGACGUUUUUAAUGUAGAUUUUGGUGAACAAGUUUGUGCUUUCU